CCUAGACGCUAGACGGGAGGCUAGUUACAUUCGUGACGUCACGCCGUUCGCAGACAAUGACGUAGUGGGAGGACGUGCAAUAGUAGUGAAACACACGAUAGGCUUAUGCGCACCACCCUGUUAACUACUUGUAACUGAAUGCCAAUUGAGCGGUCCAUUUAGCUUGUCACUUAAACCUUUUCAAACGGUAUCACUCGCGGAUCCGGGGCGUUGCGUCGAAGAUGCCACACGGGUCGAAAUCGUGAGGAUCCGCGAUCAGGAUCGCUGGACUUCUGUUCCCGUCAGUUUUCGUCGCAGACACGAUGCGGUGGUAACGACACUAACAUGAAUCACUCGCCGAGGAAGCGUGACUCCGAGCGGGAAUACCAAAUUGUGCGUUAAAAGUCAAGGUGUUGAUCUCGUCGACCCGAGAAAUUCCGUUUCGGGGGAGCAAUGGAAGAUGAACAGCCAGCGAGAGAGACGAAUAAGAUAUGCGGUGUGUGCGGCGAUCGGGCGCUCGGUUACAAUUUUAACGCGGUUUCGUGCGAAAGUUGCAAAGCCUUCUUCCGACGGAAUGCUUUGAAGAACAAGGAUUUUCGAUGCCCGUUUACUGAAAAUUGUAACAUAACACCAGUUACUAGACGCUUUUGUCAAAAAUGUCGUCUAGACAAAUGCUUCAGCAUAGGCAUGAGGAAGGAAUAUAUCAUGUCUGAGGAGGACAAGGUAUUAAAGAGACAAAAAAUAGAACAGAAUCGUGCAAAGAAGAGGCCAACAUUGGAAAAUACAAAACCAUCAAAAAUAAAGAAAGGUUACUUGGAUGACUGCAACUUUGACGACACUUCUAUGUCAGUUAACUCGGUUGCAUCGACUGCGUCUGACACAUACUUCUGGGAGUCUGAUAGGAAAUACACGGAUUUAGAUGCAAACAGGCAGAGCGUAACUGAGAGUUUGAGCCCAGUGACAGCUGCAAGUGUACCAAGUCCUUCUAGUCCACCAGAAAAUGAAGCUAUAAGUGGGUCAAAGACACUGGACAUGAUGAAAGAUUCAUCUCAGAAUUCCAAUUUUGAAACUUAUGAUCAUUCCUCUUCGGCUCAUGAGGAGAACGAAGUUGACACAGAGAGGUUGAGAAUGGAUUCAAAUUCUCCUUCCCAAAGUCAGCAAAGAUUUGACAAAGUUAAACCAUCCUCUCACAAUGUAGAGAAGGAUAAAAAAUCAAUAAUAGGUUCAAGAAAAUUUGAUCAAAAUAUGUUAGAUUUGAAUUCUGAAUUUUCCCCUGCUAACCAUGAAUCCGUGAAAUAUUCUCCUGAAUUUGACAAUGCAUCCUGCUACAAUAAGUUUGAUUGUAGCCCUGUACAGAACUCCCAAUAUAUUGAGCAUACAUCGCAUUACAGAAAGACAAAUGUAGAUAUGGAUUCGGGAAUGCAUACGAAUAUGCAAAUUUGUUCACAGGAAACUGUAUCUAGUCAAAAGCAGAGCAGGGAAACGUGUUCAAAAGAAGAUAAUUUCGUUAGUAAUAAAUUACCUGAAGAUUCCACUCUGAUUACAAAACUUGUUAAUAAUUCAAAUUUUAUCACGAAAAUAUUUCAAAACGAAGAAUUAUUACUAAAAAUUAUGUCAGAUCCUGUUGUUAUUAGUAAAUUGGAAGCAGAUCCUCAGACUUCGCACUUUUUCAAAAGAAGCGGCAUUGUUGUUGACAAAGAAGCAUCGCUUGAGAAGGAGACAAAUACUCAUUUCAAAGAUGAUACGAAACCAAAUCAUAAUAACUCGAGUCACACGUUUAAAACAACGUUUAAAGUUAAACAGAAACAAGUAGAAAAUCCAAUCUUGACCGAUUUAAUUACAAAUUCGAGUCAAGAGGAAUGUAUAAGGCAACGCGACGAUUCUAAUGAGUGGAAUAGAAAUCUAUCGGAUGUCACAAGAGAUGUGCUUCAGGAUGUACAAAGAGUACCAAUUGCUGCAAAUUCCAUUGAGUCUAUACUUUGUGAAGCAAUUAAAUUAGAGUUUUCAGCAUAUUCUGCUCUCGGUGGCAUGGAGACUAGAAGGGUAUUAAACGAUGCUGAAAGAGCAAAGUUAAAUGAACUGAUAGUAGCCAACAAAGCGUUAUUAGCUCCUUUAGACGAGGAUAUAACAAAUUUAAUUGGAGAAGAUUGUAAAUUUAAGAAUAAUUUUGGCCGAUCUGAUCCGGCAUUGUUGGAUGUUGUAAAUCUUACUGCCAUCGCCAUUAGGCGUUUAAUAAAGAUGGCGAAAAAGAUAAACGCCUUUAAAAAUAUGUGUCAAGAGGAUCAAAUAGCUCUUUUGAAAGGGGGCUGCACGGAAAUGAUGAUUUUAAGAUCGGCACUCAAUUACGAUGUUGAGAAAGACAUGUGGUGGAUACCACAUAGUCAAGAAAGUAUGUCCAAUAUAAAAGUAGAUGUGUUAAAGGAAGCAAAAGGAAAUCUUUACGCAGAGCAUACAAGAUUUAUUAGAAGUUUCGAUCCUAGAUGGAGAGAUGAGAAUAUUAUUUUGAUUUUAAGUGCGAUUGCUCUGUUUACACCAGAUAGGCCAAAAGUGGUGCAUAAUGAUGUAAUUAAAUUGGAACAAAAUUCUUAUUACUACUUGCUCAGACGAUAUCUAGAAAGUGUAUACCCUGGAUGCGAAGCCAAAUCUAUGUUUCUAAAAUUAAUUCAGAAGAUUUCCGAUCUUCAUAGAUUAAACAACGAAGUCGUUGGAGUGUAUCUUAAUUUAAAUCCGUCGAGGGUAGAACCACUUCUCAUAGAAAUAUUUGAUUUGAAACAUUGAUUGUGUUCAGCACAGCGGAUAAAGAUUAAUUUUGUAAUAUUUUCGAUUAUUCCAUCGAGUGGCAGAAGUAAUGCAAGACUAUUAUUAAUUUAUAUUAAUAGUCGCAUGUUCAUAUAAAUAAUAUAUAGCAAUAAUAUCUAAGAAAAAAAUGUUAUAAAUUAUCAAAAUUUAAAUUCAUACAUAUGUAUAUAUAAGUUUUAGUGUACAUGAAACGUAAUGUUAUAUAAAUAAUAUUGUCGCCAAAAGUUUAUUCGUUUCAGAAUUUAUGUCUAUAAAAAUAUAUUGUAGAAUAUAUUAAAAGUAUAUUGAGAUAUCUAUGUAUAUCUGUGUACAAUAAUGUCCCGUUCAGAAUGUUUAAAUUUAUAAAAUUGCUAUUAACAAAUCUGCGGAAAGUUUUGAUUCUUAAAAGUUUUCCGUAUUCAGCUUAGGAUAGCAGCGUAAAUAUAAGAGAACAAGAUGUUUGAAACUAACAAACUAUAGUCAUUAAUUAAUUAAUUUGAAUUUUUAUUUCAAGAAAAAGGAACUAUUUUAAUUUUGAAUUAAAUAGAAAUGAUCACGUCGAUAUCAACGGGACAAUAUUGUAGCUAAUUGCUGUUGAAAUAUGAAAAGAUUAUUGUAAUUAAAGAAGCAUUUGUUUGUAAAAUAUUGAUAUUGCUAUUGACCGUUAAAAGAUUGAAAUUAAUGACAAGUAGAGAUUACAGUUCAAACGAAUAUAAAAUUUCGUCGUGUCGCGUCAUUUAGGACAAGUACGUAUACAUAGCACGUUAGUGUUAAAAAUAUUAUGUAUAUUUUGACGAACGUACCUUAAAUUGUUAAAUCUACAGAAAAUAUUUGUUACACUAGACCCAAGUUCUAUGUUCAUGUUUAACAAAUUAACAUAUAAAAGAAAAAUAUUUAUGUUGAGACAAAUUAAAAGUCAUAUAAACAUGAAUUCAGUGCUUGGUGGGAAAAUAUGAAAAAGUCGAUUCAAGCAAAUAAAUGCGGUCUACGACCUGCGUAAUGUUCAUUUACAUUACGAAUAUUAGCAUAUACGUAAUAAAUUGUGAUAUCGAGUCAAAAUAUAUUUUUCAGAUACUUGUUA